AUGGCCGUUGUAGUUUCCAGUGGGAUCAGCCAGUUAAAGUGGAUUCACUUCAAGAUGCGCCGCGAACCUCUAUCUGACAUGGAGGUAUUCGACGAUGCCAGUCGAGGCACAUGGGGAGCCCUGAUGAUGCUUAUUAAGCUCAAGGGAGGCUACCUCGGUUCCUUCGGUGCUUUCGUUGCCAUCCUGACGCUAGCUUUCAGCCCUUUCGCCCAGCAAAUCGCAACUUUCCACGCCCGUACAACAAAUUCAACUGCAGGGGCCACAAACCUCCGCUCUCAGCAGUAUCUGAUCGCCUUGAGUAGUCAAAGUGCACCAGAAGGUUUUAUCCCGAUCCUCCCAUUCAAAGCUGCCGUCUACAAUGGCCUUUUCGCCGAAAAUGGCAAGCCCUGGUUGAGUCUCCCCGUCAACUGCCAAACGGGAAACUGCACAUGGGAACCAUUCGAGACCCUUGGCGUUUGCAACACCUGCGUGGAUCUGACCGAAUUCAUGUCUCGGACUUGCGAGGACGAUUCUGCUCCAGAAGGCAACCUGACGGAGUGCGGCUGGUCUGUGCCUAUUGGUGCCAGACUCAAGACGCAUGCCGAUGUUUUCAGCAUGACCCCGGUUUUCCCCCAAGGCCUCGGUGACAUGUCUUAUUCAACGAUCAUGAAGCUUGUGUUCAUGGGAACCGAAAAGCAAGGAGGUAUUGCUGGCGAUCUUGCACCGUGGGCUCGACAGUGCACCCUUCAAGCCUGUGUCCAGACACUCAACUCCUCGAUCGUCAACGGUGAACUCAAAGAGACCAUAGUUCACGCAACAACAAACGGCACUGUAGCUAAAGCUACCCAGGAAUCCCUCGAACCCAUUUAUAUUUCGGGAGAGAACAAUAAGGAACCUUACCCAAUCGACAUGAAGGUCAUGAUGGGCAUACGGUCGUGGUUUUCAGACCUGUUCCGCAGCGGUUCUGCUUCGCGGAACGAAGAGGUGAUUAAUAAAACCAUCACCACACCAGACAACGUCAUCGUCAACCUUACUGUCGGUAUUUCCAGCGGUGAAACCUUUUUUGAUACCGACAUCGUUCAGGCUUUCUAUUGGAACUACUACGAGUAUCCCACUGGCAUCGACAUGCUCAUGAACGAUCUUGCAACUAGCGUGACGGUCAGUUUCCGAAGCUUCAACGGCACCAACGUCACUGGUAUAGCGCACACAGUUGAGAGCUACAUCCACGUAGAGUGGAGUUUCCUGACAGUCCCUCUUCUCACCAUUCUUCUUACCAUCAUCUUUUUAAGUGCUGCAAUCUAUCAGACGUACCACCAUAAUGCAAACUUGUGGAAAAGCAAUGUGUUGGCAACCUUGGUUCAUGGACUGGAUAGAAGUGCACGGGAAAAACUGGAAGACUUAGGUGGCUUGAGAGAGCAACAAAAGGAGGCAAAGACAGUCAAAGUGCAGCUGAGCGAAGGUGAUGGAGGACUCUUGAGGCUAUCCAAAUACGAUGACAUUUAG